CCAUUAAUAUCUAACAAAUCAUAUCGCAAAUCGCAAUCACACAUUUUACAUGAAGUAAUAGCGACUCCUCUGAAUUUUCCAAUUUGAAAAUUCUAUGUGCAAUUGCAAUGAGUAAUGUUCUGAAUUCACAAAUAAAUGCAUUUUUAUUUUUUUCUGGUUUAAACUGUUUUGUGCAAAAAUACAUAUAUUGUUAUUUAAAUUUAUUUGUUAAUUUCAAUUCUUGAAUAAAUGUAAAUUUUAAUAACAGGAUUUACAUAGAAAAUUUAUUUGCAUGCAUACCUUUUAUAAUAAAAGCACGGAAAUAAAUAAAAAAAGGGAAUUCACAAAUCUACAUGCAUACACAUACGUAUUUUUUUUUUCAAUUGAAUCUGACGUGGUUUUAAAUUAUAGAACAAUCUUUCCUGAUGCAAUAUGAUGGAAAUGAAAGAACAAGAAGAACUUGAUAUUGUGGAUGAAAAAAUUUCUUUCAAGUCAAGAAUUUAUCAAGACCAACUAUUACAGCAUGCCUUGAAAGAAAAUGUUAUUAUUUAUCUUCCAACCGGGUCUGGAAAGACAUUCAUUGCGCUGAUGGCCCUAAAAGAAAUGUCGAAAGAUUUGGAAGGAACUUUGGAGAAUGGUGGAAAAAGAUCUAUAUUUAUGGCUAAUACGGUUGCCUUAGCAAGGCAACAAUUUCUUGUAGUUAAAAAUUUUACAAGUUUGAAAGUACGCCUUUACACUGGUGAUAUGAAUGUCGAUAACUGGAAGCGAGAAAAAUGGGAAAUUGAACUUGAUUCAACGCAGGUUAUUGUAGCUACAACGCAGAUAAUAUUAAAUAUUGUGCGUCAUAAAUAUUUAUCAAUUAAUCAAAUAAAUCUGAUGAUAUUCGAUGAGUGUCAUCAUGCCACCAAAGGUCAUCCCAUGUUACAGUUAAUGGGGCAAUUCGCAGAUGCCUGUCAAAAAAGCUUACCCAGAGUUAUUGGUUUAACUGGAAUUCUUAUCAAAUCAACAACGGACAAUAUUAUUGAAGAAUUAAAAAACCUUGAAGCUGUAUUUCGUGCUAAAAUAGCUACAGUAUCAUCUUUUAACCAUCUUCAAAAUGUUUUACUGUACUCCACAAAACCAAAGGAAGUACUUAUAAGCUUUGAUGACAUAGAUUCUAAACAUCGUAUUACAAACUCCAUUCAACAAUUAGUUUCAGAAUGCAUUUCUAAAUUUCAAGAUUUCAAAAUAGAUGAGACUCAUUUUGUUUUGACUAAAAAUAUGGAAACAACCCGCUAUAUUAAUCCCAUAAAGAAGAUGAAAAAUUUGUUAGAAGAUUAUGUAUAUCAGCUAAAUGACCUUGGUUUGUAUGGAGGUUAUAUUGCCAUGCUAUCUGUUCUAGUAGAAGUUGAGUUGAAAAAACGAAGGGCGGAAACAAUCGCUUCCAGAAAUAUGUAUAGAAUUAUAAUUUCGUAUGUAGAGCGAAUAUUGCAUUUGCUCAGAAAUACUAUAUUUGAUGCAGACGAUGAAACUGAAACAGAAUUAGAUGUUAUAUAUGAUACUUCAUCACGCAAAGUAGUUUCGCUACUGACAUAUUUAAAAAAAGAAUUCGUAGGGAAAACCACGUCUGAUAUUAAAUGCUUGGUUUUUGUUCAGAGACGUCAUACAGCUAAAAACUUACAUCACAUAAUAAAAAAUUUCGUAAAAUAUAACGACAAUAUUCCUGUCAUAGCAAAUUUUAUGGUAGGAGUUCACGAAUUAUUACCAGAAUCAAUAGAAUGUAUCUUAGAAAGAAAAACAAAUCGAGAAAUUCUUAAUAACUUUAACAAAAACGAAUGCAAUCUCAUAGUUGCAUCAAGCGUUUUAGAAGAGGGCAUUGAUAUACAAUCAUGUAAUUAUGUGAUAGUUUACGAUGAAUUAAAAUCAUUUGCAUCAUAUUUACAAACAAAAGGGCGGGCACGCAUGCAGGAUUCUACAUAUAUUAUGAUGGUGGGAAAUAGUAAAAAAAAUGGAUUAAUAUUAAAAGUAAAGAAGUAUCAAGAAAUUGAUCUGAAAUUGAAAAAUUAUCUAAUCAACAAAACCAUAGAUCGCAGCCUCCCGCUUCAAGAAGAAAUAGAUAAACAAUUCGAGACAUUAAUUGAACCAUUUUAUAGCAAAAUUGGAGCAAAACUUGACGCUGAUGUUGCUAUACCUCUUUGCAGCAGGUAUUGUGAUUCAUUACCAAAUGAUGCGUACACUAUUGCAUCCCCAAAAUAUUCUAAAAUUAAUACAGGAAACGAAAAGAAAAGAGUAAAAUUAUUAUUGCCCCUGCAAUCAACAAUUAAAGAAGAUAUAAUUAGUGAUGAAAUGCCUACUAUCAAAUGGGCCAAGAGAUCUGCGGCAUUUAAAGCUUGUAUAAUGUUAUAUCAGAAGGGCGAGUUAAACGACCAUCUUUUGCCAGUAAGUAGAAAGCAAUGUCUCGAUUAUCACCAAUCAAUUUAUUUCAAAGAGUGGCAAAAAUAUCCUGACGAUGACAAAUAUUUAGCUGGACAUAGAAAAAAUCGAAGAAUUCAUAAUUUAAACUUCCCUAAACAACUAUGCUCCAAUGAACCUGUUUUGGGUAGCGUCUGUUAUUUUUAUACAAUCAACAUUUUGCCAGAAUUCGAAAGAAGUGAUGAAAAUUAUCACGUGUUCGAUUCUUUGAGUAACAAAGCAAAUUUUGCCAUCCUUUUAGUAAAUAAGCUGCCCAAAAUCGCUCCGAUGCCGUUGUUUAUGUCGCAGGGGCGUGUAACUGUACAAAUUUCAAGUCGUCCUUACGAAACCGUAAUUUAUAACAGAGAACAGUACAUAAAAUUAAAAAAUUUUAAUACUAUGUUAUUUAGAAAAUUAAUUAAAGAUACAUGGUCAAGUAAUUAUGCACAAGAUUUUCGAAAUGCAGAAAAUUCGUACAUUAUCGUACCCACAAUUAACGGUGAGAAAAUAGAUUGGGAACUUGUAGAAAGUAUUCAAAAUAUCAAUGAUGUUAGCAAAAUCGACAUAAUUCAACGUAAGAAAAUGAAUAUUAGAGCAGAAGAUUAUUUGCAUAACCUUGUAGCAACGUGGUACACAUCAGAUGAUUCUGUAAGAUUUAUUGUCACAAAAAUACGUAGAGAUUUAACCCCUCUGAGUCCUUUUCCGGACGGCGCACAUGAAUCAUUUGUUACAUACUUGCAAGAUAAAUGGGGUCAAAAAGUAAUUCAAACAAAUUCAUUUAUGCUGGAAGUUGAACCAUUCACAUCUCGUAUUAAUUUUUUAACGUACAAUGAAGAAAAAAAGAAAUCAAAGCGUUUUAAUUCUAUAUUAUUAGUACCUGAACUAGUGCACAAUUUUAAUUUUCCUGGUCAUUUUUAUUUAAAAGCAAGGUUUCUACCAUCAAUUUUAUUUCGUUUACAUUAUAUAUUAAUAGCCGAGGAGAUAAGAAUUUCUCUAAACAGUUUUUUAAAUAUUGACUCUAAAAAUUAUGAUCCAAGACCUUUAAUAGUAGAUAAAACAUUGCUUCGAGUAAAAAAAUGCGAAAAACCUAAAGAAUUCUCAAAUUUUUUUGAUGAAAAAUUUGAAGACAAAAAAGUUAAACGAAUUGAGCAAAAUAGAAAUCAAAUAUAUAAUUGGCGUGAACACGAAGAACCCUGCGACCUUGCAAGAAAUAUUCAGAAUUUGUACAAAGUCGAUGUUGAUUAUUUUCACUAUUUUAUUUCAUUACAAAAAUUUGCUGAAUUGACUAUAACUGAUGAUAAUGAACAAUUUUCUGUUAUAAAUAAUUUGAAGCUUAAUAAAAAGGAUCUUCCAACUACAUCGAAAAAUGCUAUAUGCGAUGUUAAUAUGAGCGAAAAAACUUUUAUAAGCAUUUUAAAUGUUGAUGAUAAUUGUUUAAAAAGCCCAGAACAGUGGGAAAUACUUUGUGCAAUUACGGCGGCAGGAGCAAAUGAUGUUUUUGACGGUGAAAAAUUGGAAGUAUUAGGAGAUUCAUUUUUGAAAUUUAGUAUUUCUUUAUGGUUACUUCACAAACAUCCUUCUUGGAAUGAAGGUUUUCUAACGGAAGUUAAAGGUCAAUUCACUAGCAAUAGGAAUUUACUCUAUCACGCUAUUAAAAUGAAUUUACCUGGGGCUCUAUAUACUAAAGCAUUUAAGCCUAAUAGUGAAUGGAAGCCACCAUCCAUUAAUAUACCCAAAAAUGCUGAAGAACUAGUUUGUCGCGAUGAUAUAUCACCUUCUGUUUUUACUGAGUUGGAAUUAAAUAUGGAAGAAAUUUUUACUGGAAAGUGUAGCGAACAAACUUUGAUUGAUUUUCAAUCAAAAUUUUCAAAUUAUGAAAACUAUCCAAAUAAUGAAAGUGAUAUGUCAUUUUUAUUAAACAAAACAUGGAUAUCCGAUAAAAUUUGCUCUGAUGCCGUUGAAGCUAUAUUAGGAGUGUGCAUAAAAAUUUAUGGCGUGAAAAAAAGCUUUCUUAUGCUGGAAUAUUUCGGAAUUAUUCCGACAACUCCAGAUUUAAUUAAUCUCCUUAAUAUAGACCUUGGAAAUCCCAGAUUGCGCACUGAUAUUACCGAUAGAGAGGUGGAUUCAUUUCUCCUGAACUUUCAGCAGUUGGAAGCUAAUUUGGGAUAUAAGUUUCGUGAUCGCGCAUACUUAUUACAGGCUCUCACGCAUCCAUCAUAUCCUACAAAUAGAUUAACAGGUUGUUAUCAACAGUUAGAAUUUAUAGGUGAUGCAAUUUUAGAUUUUCUAAUAACAUGUUAUAUAUUUGAAAGAUGUGGCGAUAUGGAUCCUGGAAAAUUAACUGAUUUACGGUCAGCUUUAGUUAAUAAUGUAACUUUAGCUUGUUUAACUGUUAGGCAUAAGUUUCAUUUAUUUUUGCUAUCACAAAAUGCUGCAUUGACACAGAGUAUAAUAACAUUUACAGAAUUCCAGGCUCAAAAUAAUUUUAAAGUUACAGACCAAGUAAGAAUCUUAAUGUUAGAAAAUGAAGUAAAUUCUAAGAUGGCUGACUACAUAAAUGUUCCUAAAACAUUGGGUGAUAUUUUUGAAGCUCUUAUUGGUGCAGUGUUUUUGGAUUCUGGAAAUGAUCUUAACACCACUUGGAAUGUGAUAUUCAAUCUGAUGUCGGUAGAAAUAUAUGAAUUUAUAGCUAAUGUUCCAAUUCAAAUAGUCAGGCAAUUGUAUGAAUAUCAUGGAUCUGAUCCAAUAUUUGACAGUCCUAUUGUGGAUGAUGAUGUAAUUAUGGUGAAGUGUUCCUUUACCUGCCGAAAUGAACGCAUCGAAGUGCAUGGUUUCGGCAAAAAUAAAAAGGAAGCAAAAGUGUCUGCGGCAAAAUCUGCAUUAAAACAUUUGCAAAAUUCUUAAAAUAUUGUUUUUAUCUUAUGAAUUAGAUUAAAAUAUUUGUGUAUUGUUUCUUUUUUUUCUUUAAUUCAGAUGAUUUUGCAAUAAUAUAAAACUAUGUACAAGAAAUUAAUUAAGAUUUCUAAAAUAUAGUUUUUUAAGACUUUUUUUAAAAAUCUCUA